AUGCCUAAGUGGUCUGAUCCUUUAAACCAUUUGGCAUAUGCUGAUGAUACGAUAAUCUUUGCAUCUACUCAUCCUCCCUCCUUGAGCAAGAUUAUGGCAGUGUUGGGGAACUAUGAGAAGACAUCAGGUCAGAUGAUCAACAAAGAUAAGAGUUCAUACUACAUGCAUUCAAAGGUUGCUAAUGGAUUAUUUCAGGUAGUUGGAGCUAUUACAGGAUUUGCAAGAGGUAAAUUCCCCUUCACAUAUCUAGGGUGUCCUAUUUUUUACACUAGAAGGAGGAAGGACUAUAAUGAGGAUCUUAUCAAGAAGGUGAAGGCUAAAUUGCAUUCAUGGAAAGGAAAAUUGCUGUCAUUUGGAGAAAAGGCAACACUCAUCUCUAGUGUGUUGCAAAGUAUGCCAGUUCAUAUGUUAUCAGUCCUUGAUCCACCAAACAACAUCCUGCAGCAUCUACAUAAGACUUAUGCUAGGUUAUUUUGGAGCACAAAGGAAUAA